GCCAUCUCCUCGAGAUGCCAAGACCUACGGUCACAACUGAGGAAAGCUUGGCUCCGUGGCCAACAGUGAGAGCCUAACGCAAGGAAUAGAGAUUCAGGGAAUUCCUUUUCCGUUCUCUCGUUUCUCUUCAGUCUCCUCGCUCUCGAGAGACUACAUCGGUCUUCCUCCUCUUUCUGCUGCUUACCGAGCGAGCACGGGGUCACAGCCCGUACCCGAAGAAGGUUGCCAGACCGGUUACAUCUCUCCUUCCUCAAGCCCCUUACUCAUAAAUAUCUUGCCUGAGUUGUCAGUCGCUGCCCCCCUCGACUUUCGACGCCCCCCUCCAACUCCUCGCAAGCCUGAUCUCUGACCUCUGAACCCUAGACUCCCUCACCAACACGCUUCCCUCAGUGUGCCCCCACCUCCCGCAGCCAGGCCGCCGGGAGCGCCCCCAUCCUCUCGGCUCCAAAUCAGGCCCACCCAGGUGGGUUGUGGCUGCGGGCGCUGAGCCUGAGGAUUGCGAGAGUUCGCAGUACACAGUCCACUGAGACUCCCGAAGCCUCACUCCACAUCGGGGUGUCCCACCCCGAAACGCCGGCUCCGCAUUCAGGCUCCUGGUCUCCAAAUACCUGGAUCCUUCGAGAUGCGCGGGCCUGUAUUCAGGUGAACGAAACGACGGGUUGGAGACUUGCUGGCCAGCUACAUCCCAGAGGAUGAGGCGCUGAUGCUGCGGGAUGGACGCUUUGCGUGUGCCAUCUGCCCCCAUCGCCCAGUACUGGAUACCCUGGCCAUGCUGACUGCCCACCGUGCAGGCAAGAAGCAUCUGUCCAGUCUGAAGCUCUUCUAUGGCAAAAAGCAGGCAGGCAAGGAAACAGAGCAAAAUCCAAGGCAGCAGAAAGACCUGAAGACAGAAACCAAAGCUGAGGCGCCUUUGCUAACCCAGACCCGAUUGAUCACGCAGAGUGCUCUGCACAGAGCUCCCCACUAUAACAGCUGCUGCCGGAGGAAACACAGACCGGAAGCCCCUGCUCCCUCUGUCUCCAGUUCUCCUUUGCCAGCCCCAGAGGUUGGACUCCAGAGUGCAAAGACCAAUAGGGAACCCGAACCUAAUGCAGGAUCGCAUGCCAAAGAGUCAUCUGCUCCCAUGAGCCCCACAAAACGACGAAUUCUGAACCAUUACCUUACCCUUCGAAGCUCGGGAUGGGUCCCAGAUGGACAAGGCCGAUGGAUAAAAGAUGAGAAUGUUGAAUUUGACUCGGAUGAGGACGAGCCCCCUGAUCUCCCCGUGGACUAACAACCCCUCUACCCAUUUCUUCCACAGAUAAACUGUAGUUGUUCUGGGA